AUGAAGGGGGACCUCCUAGAGACUGCGUGGAUUUGCCAUUGUGGCAACCGCCGCACCUGCGUCAUGGUGCACGUCGUCAAUGACGAGACGGGGCGGGAGGGGAUGGCGAACACCACCGCCGUGCUCUCACCCACAGAGUUCUAUGAGCUGAUACGCUCCUGCACCACGCGGCUUGAGGUGCAGCUCAUGAUAGAGAAUGCGCUGAAGGAUGCGCGGCAGCACAGUAGUGAACCACUGGCGACGCCCGACAGCGCCCCGUUGUCGGCGGAAAAAUUGCGUGACGCGGUUGCGGCGGAGGUGGAGCGGCAGGUGGAACGCGCCGUGCGUGAAGCCGCGAACAACGCAGUGCAACAAACGCUGCAGCAGAAGACGAAUCAGGAGGAGCAGGGGCACGAUGGGAAGGGCUCAACGCUGGCGGAACAGGACUUCUCUCAGGAGCGGCAGCGGCAGCUGGAGGUGGCGCAGCGGCAGCGCGAGCAGAUUCUGGAGGCGGUGCGUGAUGUGGAGUACCGCGUCAACGCGCUGCAGCGGCAGGUGAACGAGCUCUCCCACGCGCACCGCAACGCGCACCAGCUGAUUGCCCGUCUGUGCAGCGCUAUCGAGGGUGCCGCCGACUGCGGGCCGGCGGCGUCGCCCCCGAGGUGCGAUGAGGGCCCGCCGCACAGCCGUCUCUUUGACGCGCUGCUGCAGGCG